AUGGGCAUGGUCCGCAGAGUUCGGAUAGGGGUUUAUACUUUGGUGCUACCAGCUCUAGAGAUAGCUGAGGAUGAGGGUGAUCAUGCUAAGGCUUCCCAGCCUACCCCCGAGGAUCAGCCAGCACCGAUGGAGACUGAGGCACCUCCGGUGGCAGAGGACGCACCCCCGUGCCUUGGCUGGCUUGAACGCAACGCUUGGAUAAUUUGGCUUGUUAGCUUGGAUAGACUGACUGCUCGAUUGGAUUGGCUUAGCUUGCCGAUCGUUCUGAUCCUAUCCCAAUCCUUUGGCUUGGUCUAUCUUAGGCCACCCACCACCUUAGCUCGAGAAGCCUACGCUCCAGAAAGGGGAGUCAAUCUUCGAAAUAAGACGAAUAGCUCUUCAUUGGGAUGCCGAGUUCUAAGCUGGUCGUCUCUUGCCUUCCAACUUCCUUGUGCGGGCAAUCGAAUCGGGAUCGGAGGAGCCAGUGCUCUUAGGUGUAAGGCCUUUGCGACCAAGCCAAUGAGAUGGCUGCCAAUUUUGUUCAGAAACAGCAACUUCCCAGCUGAAACCAGCUUUGAAGAGAUGAUGCAGGCCCGAGUCCCUGUAUCAUUCCACUAUACAACCGGCUGGGGUAUGGAUGAGUAUCACAUUUGUUUCCAUCUUCAAGACAGACAUCAUUCUGAUUUAUCCAAGCUUGUUGAUCAUGCCGAAACAAAAAAUGAUGUUGUUUAUGUCAUUCAGGUAGGUCAGCCGGAGGGGACCCCGGUGGUUAGAGUAACUCGCCGAGAAGGUUCCUACUUUUGUGAAGUGACAGAAUCUACACCGGCACAACCGCCGGAAAGCCCAUCACAAGAAGCACGAAGGGGCACAGAAGCAAUAGGUACUCACAAGUAUAGUUGUAGGAGUGAGCAGGAGCUCUUGAGUUGGCUUGGCUUUCGAAGGCAAGGCUCAGGAGAGGAGGGGGGAAAACAAAAGGCCUUUUAUGGUUCCCCCUUCACGCGGGGGGGUGCUUGUGGGGGAGGGGGGUGUGCCGUAAAGCUUCUCAUAGAAAUACAAAAAUGUAUCACCAACUUCCAACAAUCCGGCCUGAACCUUUGGGUAGGCUCUGCAGAAUCAACAACUAUAGCUACACGGAGUACGGUAGAAUUCCCUGGUAUGGUCAUUCGGGAAGCCCCUCUGGGGACGACCCCCAUACAAUUCUUGCGAGAGCUGGAGAAGCGUCUACGGGUAAAGCACCGUAUCCAUAUAACUUCUUGCCACCUACUCUCCGCCAUCCAUUACAAGUUUAGGGACCCAGGUUAUAGUAUACCGAUAAAAGAGCUGACAAAGGGGAUGAGCGGAAGAGGUCGUCUACUGGACGUUGUUCACCAAGCGGAGACUCUUGGAAUAUCUGGAGUAAGAAAUCCCCAAGUUAGCGUAUUAUGGGGGGCCAUCAAGCACAUCCGGCAAGAAUCAAAGGGGAUCUCAUUCUUGCAUAGAUCAGGUCAGAGCAACGUCCCAUUGGAUGUUCAACAGGCAAUCUCACGGUCAGGCAUGAGCAAGGUUUCAUUGUAUACUCCUGUAGGUCAGAAGAUGAUGGGGGAUGGAGGGAGACACUGGGCGGGAUCUUUCAGCAGCGAAUUCCCCAUACAGAUAGAGGCGCCUAUCAAAAAGACACUUAGAAGGCUUCGGGAUCGAGGUCUCAUUAGCCGAAGAAGACCCAGUCUAAUCCACGUGACCCCUUUGACGAACAUCAGCGACAGAGACAUAGUAAAUCGGUCCGCGGGCAUCGCGAUAAGUCCUAUGUCCUACUACAGGUGCCGUGACAACCUUUGCCAAGUCCGAACGAUUGUCGACCACCAGAUUCGCUGGUCUGCUAUAUUCACCACCGCCCACAAGCACAAAUCUUCCGUGUUGAAUAUAAUCCCAAAGUACCCCAAACACUCAAAUUCAAAUAUAGUAAAUCAAGAAGGUAGUAAGACCCUUGCGGAGUUCCCAAACAACAUAGAGCAUGGGAAGCUCAGACCCGGUCAAGACCCGAAUAAGGACAAAGAACUCAACUACAUUUAA